AUGGAUAUCGAUGAUAUCCUCGCCUCCGUCGACCGCGGCGAUGUCUCGUCCCCCGAGUCCGCCGCCUUCGACCACCAAUUGCUCACUCGGUUUUGGGUCGCGGAGCGCGGCGUCUCCGAGCUACUCCCAUGGCCCGCACCUUUGAUGGAGCGCGUCAUGAACCGCGUUCGGAGACAGGUACUAUCUGUUGCGCUGAUUUUAUUCUUUGAAAUAAGACCAUCUAACCAAUUCGACAGAUCGAAAGUAUUGAAGAUCUCGCCGCGUCGUCCUCAGACCCAUACAUCACGAGCAACAGCAACAAUCCCACGCUCAACCUCAAGCUCUCAAUCCUCCAAACCGACCUCUCUCGCACCCAAUACCUCAUCCGCUCGGUCCUCCGCCAACGCCUGGCAAAACUCACCAAACACAGCAUGCACUACCUUCAGCUCAUCUCGCGCUCCGCCCCCAGCCAAGCCACGGAUCCCGCGUCGCAGCAACAACCCGAAGACUCCAUCCCCGACCUGA